AUGGCAUGGGGAUUAAUAAACCUCCAGAAAAAUUCGCUCGCAAAGAUUUGCGAUGCUCAAAUCAAAAAAUGUUACUUUUCUUAUUACCAUGUACAACCUUCAAGAAAAUAUGUAAAAGGGAAAUUUAAAAAUAUAUCUAUUCCAAAAUCGUUAGAAGUUAGACAAUAUGUGGGCCACAAAAAUUAUAAAACUUGUAGCAUUAUCAAUGGAUAUGCAACCAAUUUCGAUAAAAUAAAAAUCAUAUAUUAUGUACCAAGUUGGAACUACAAACAAUUUUCAACAAGUUCUAACCCUGACAAUAAUGGAGUAGGUAGUAGUAAUAAUAAUGAGCCAACUUCGAAUACGUCUCAAAGUGAAGAUGGCCAAAAUGAGAUUAUAAAUUUAAUUAAAAAAAACAAAACAAAACAAUCUAUAAAUAAAAAAGAAAGUAAAAUUGUUAAAUAUUGUAAUAAAGGAGCAAAUGUAUUUAAAAUUACAUUCGGAUUUAUAAAAAAAACUGGAUCUAUAAUUAAAAUUAUUAUUUUUCAACCAUCCAUUAUAAAAAUGCAUUAUGACAAUUUACGAAAAAAUAUAAAACACACAGUUGAUUGGAUUAAAACUGGAAUACUAUUAUUUUUAACUAAUAUGAAAAUUUCAAAAAAUUUAAUAAUAAAAAGAUUAAAAGGACAUAGACUUUCAUAUUCAGAAUAUAAAUUAUUAAUACGAACUAUAAAUGAUAUGUUUAAAUUAAUUCCUUUUUCUUUUUUUAUAAUUGUCCCUUUUGCUGAGUUUUUAUUACCUGUCGUAUUAAAAAUAUAUCCAAACUUAUUACCUUCAACUUUUAAGAACAAUGAUGAUAAUUUUAAUAAUAUUAAAAAAAAUUUAUAUGCUAAACAACAAUUAUCUAAAUUUUUACAACAACUUAUUGAAGAGAAAGAAAAACAGCUAAAUGAAAAUAUAGGAAUCGACUCAGAUAAAAAAAAAAAAAUUUUAAAUAAAUUUCAUCAACAAUUAAUAAAUAAAGAUGAAGAAGAUGUUAAUCCAUUUUUAAAUGUUAAUGAUACAUUAAAAAUUGCAAAAAUAUUUAAAGAUGAAUUUGUGCUUGAUCAAAUGAAUUUAAAAACAUUACAAACUAUAUGCCAUUUACUAGGUUUAAAACCAUAUAGUAUUCAUUAUCAUGUUGUUUUGCAAUUAAGACAUCAUUUUUUACGAUUACAAAGGGAAGAUCGUGAAUUAAUUUAUGAAGGAGUAGAUAAUUUAAAAAAAAAUACACUUGUUGAAAUAUGUAAAGAUAGAGGAAUGAAUUUUAAUACUACAGAAAAUGAAAUGAAGUUACAAGUUAAAAAAUGGCUUGAAUUAGCUAGUAUAAAAGAAAUUCCAUACAUCUUAUUGUUAUAUAUUAGAUGUGUUGUUGUUACUCAUGCCAUUAUGGAUAUACAAAAUGAAACGGAUAAAACAGAUCCUUCAAAAUCGACCAAUGAAAAUAACAAUCUAAAAGAUAAAGAUCCAAAACAAACCAUUGAUAAUAAACAAAAAUUAAUUCAAGAAGCAAAAGAAAAAUUAGAUGAUCUUAAAAUGAAAGAACAAGAAAUUAAAAAAAAUAUAAAUAAAGAAACUAAUGAAGAUAUUGUACAACAUAAGGAAAUAAAAACAAAUAUUAAUUUUAUUAAAAAAAAAAACAAAUACAUGCAAAACGAGCUCAGCCUUCUCAAGCAAAUCUGCGACCUUCAGCAUAGAGAGCUCCAAAUUGCCUUCACUGCCUUGACAGACCUCGCUGAAAAAAAAGGCUCAUGCGACAUUAAUGAAAUAAUAAAAACAAUGUCACAAAGAUUGCUAGAUAUUGAAAAACACAUAAGUGAAUUAAAUGCCCAUAAGCAAAUCGAAAUGGAUGAAUAUUUCUACCCUGAAGAAGAAAACCCAGAUGACACUGUGGACAUAAAGAAUUAA